GACGGAUCACGUGAUAUCCGGGAGGGCGGGGCUAAUGGUUGGCUCGAGGAGUUCAUGCUAAAAAAACAUGGACCAAAAGAUCUCAUAUGAUGAUUAUCAGCUGCCAGUAGUGUUUCUGCCAUCCUAUGAGAGCCCACCUGCAUGGAUUCCUCCCCAGGAGAGGAUACAUCACCCUGACUAUAAUAAUGAGCUCACACACUUCCUGCCUCGCACCAUAGUCUUAAAAAAGCCUCCAGGUGCACAACUGGGCUUCAAUAUUCGUGGUGGGAAAGCCUCGCAGCUCGGCAUUUUUAUUUCCAAAGUAGUGCCAGAUUCUGAUGCGCAUAGGGCAGGACUUCAAGAAGGUGAUCAGGUGCUUUCUGUCAAUGAUGUGGAUUUUCAGGACAUAGAGCAUUCAAAGGCUGUAGAAAUUUUAAAGACCGCAAGAGAGAUUUUGAUGAAAGUCCGCUACUUUCCUUACAAUUACCAGAGGCAGAAGGAGAGGACUGUACACUAGGUGGCAGAGUUGAGCUGGACGAAGGAGUAUGGUGACGCAGAGGAUGUGUGAAUAGAACAUCCCCUGCAUCAUCUUCCUCCCACUAAUACAUUUUUCAGACAAAAACACUAUUCAAAGGAAUAAUCUCCAAACUCUCAAGGACAUGUCUGCCGACAGCAGUUUUUAAAAUAAUCCAGUUGUGAUGUGUUUGAGACAAAUUCUUCUACCUGUGUCAAGGCCACAGCACAGCCUAACAAAUAGCUUGUCCAAGCAACACAACAUUUUUUUUAUAGAUUUUAUUUGAUUUCAUGGACAGUAAGGUUUUUUCGUGUGUGUCAUGUAUAUGAAAUGGUGAAAAGAAAGUUAUAUUUAUUGAUUGAAAUAAGUGUAUAGAUCCAUAGGACAAAGGGCACAUUGUGAAUUAUGGUCUGCUAGUAUUAUCAUCACUAAUAGGCGGUUGUUGAAUGAAGCUGUUAACAAUAAUGUUUUAUAUGUAUUUAACAGUUGCAUUACUGAAAUGCAAUACAUCCUGCUGAAACAAUGCUACUGACAGAAUUGUAAAUGUAGUUACUGAAAACCCUGCCAUUCGUGUGCUGUAAAAUAAUUUCUGUGCUCUUAUUUUCAUUUGAAUUAACAUAAAAAGUCUAAAUAGUUCCUGAAUCUGGUUAAAUUAUGCCGGAUUCAAAGGUCCAAUAUGUAUUUCUUAGAUGUAUUGAUAGAAUGCAUUAUAAUAUACAUAACUGUGUGUUCAGAGGUGUAUAAAAACGUUACAUUCUGAAGCGUUAUGUUUUUAUUACCUUAGAAUGAGUUAUUUCUAUCUACAUGCACAGCGGGUCCCCUUACAUGAAAUUCACCAUGUUGUUUCUACAGUAGCCCUAAACAAACCACACUAUAGAAUCGUUUCUUAAAUACUUUAUCUCCUUCUGCAAAGAAGCAAACAACAUGAUGACAUCUUAGUCCUGUGUGAGCCAUCGUAGUGCUUCGAAAGGGAGGGGUGGGGUGAGCAGUUGGCUUUAAUUCACAACUAAAUUUCAUACACUGGACCUUCAAUGUUAUCUCAUAGAUCUGGAAGCUGGGUGGUUAUUAUGUUAGGUAACAUGCCUGUUAUGUUAAUAUAUGAUAUGAGUAAAUACACCCCUGAAGACAUUAGCAUGUAUCCUGGGCAAAAUGCAAAUGUACAUUAAGCAGAAAAUAAAAUAACAUUGUUCAGUGUCUGUAAUAAAAUAAAAUUCUCCAUUCUUAUUGUGAGAAAUAAACAGUCUCCACAAGCA